UACUCACCAUUCGCUGCGAGAAGGUGGCGGUUAGUAAUGUUUUGGUGAUUGUCCUCUUGCGUUUUCAGUUAGUGUUCGAGAGAUUUUUACUUAUUUCUGAGUGAAGCAGGUGCAUACGAUCGAACCUUGUGAUCCUCGAAAGUUCACCGAGCGACCAUGUGUUCCAAACUACGAAAUUCGAAUAUAGUGUCGUUAUAAAGAGACGCGUCGGUUACCUUCGGUAGUUCAUCGUUCGCUUUCCAGUUUUUUAAAUCUUCAGACGCUGGAGUGGGGCGGAGGAGGAGUGGCCAAAUGUAAGAGGGGAAUCGAGAGUUAAAAUCGCACAGGUAAACAACCGAAAAAUACGUUACACACCUUGCCAAUCCGGCUCCAUUCCAAGGAUUUUAAAAAAGAGAGGUUGGAUAAUUUGACAGUGUUGGUGCGGCUACGUUCAUGCUAGACGUGUUUCGAGAAGACGUUUCUUGCAAGCUGGUGCACUGAAGGUCCUGUCGGCGCGGCGCGCACAACAUGGUGCCGGUGGACCGCGAGCUCUAACAGUGACUAUGGAAACAGAGGGAUGGGCAUGCGCGUGGACCCCCUGGUCACGUGGUGUCGUCGAACCCUGAGCUCGAUCCCGCCUCGACAAGUGCUGCCCGUCGUCUGCGUGCUGCUCGCCGUAGUCGCCAUUCCAGUCGUGUGCUUCCAAGAUGCGCAGCACAUCACCGCCAUCCUGGGAGAGAGCGUGGUGUUCAACUGCCACGUGGAGUUCCCCGGCGACCACCCGGUACCCUACGUGUUGCAGUGGGAGAAGAAGGUAGGCGAAACGGGCCAGGAGAUACCCAUCUACAUCUGGUACGACAGCUACCCCACGCACAGUGGCGAGGGCUACGAGGGACGCGUGUCGCGCGUCUCCCCCAACUCCCCGUACGGCCUCGCCUCCCUCAACCUGACCAACAUACGGGAGAGCGACCAGGGCUGGUACGAGUGCAAGGUGGUGUUCCUCAACCGCUCGCCCAACCAGCACAAGAAUGGCACCUGGUUCCACCUAGACGUCCACGCUCCCCCGCGCUUCAGCAUCACUCCCGAGGACAUCGUGUACGUCAACCUGGGAGACGCCAUCAUCCUCAACUGCCAGGCCGAGGGCACCCCCACGCCAGAGAUCCUCUGGUACAAGGAUGCCAACCCCGUGGAGCCGUCCGCGACCAUCGGCAUCUUCAACGACGGCACGGAGCUGCGCAUCUCCAACAUCCGCCAUGAGGACAUCGGGGACUACACCUGCAUCGCGCGCAACGGCGAGGGCCAGAUCAGCCACACGGCCCGGGUGAUCAUAGCAGGUGGAGCGGUGAUCAUGGUGCCUCCCACGAACCAGACCAAGCUGGAGGGAGAGAAGGUGCAGUUCUCGUGCGAGGCCAAGGCCUUGCCGGGAAAUGUCACCGUCAAGUGGUACCGCGAGGGAGUGCCCGUCAAGGAAGUGCCUGCCUUGGAGACCAGAGUCACCAUACGUAGAGACGGCUCGCUCAUCGUGAACCCGGUGAGCGCGGACGACUCCGGCCAGUACGUGUGCGAGGUGACCAACGGCAUCGGGGAUCCCCAGUCUGCUUCUGCCUUCCUCAAUGUCGAGUACCCUGCGAAGGUGACCUUCACGCCCACGGUGCAGUACCUGCCCUUCCGGCUGGCCGGCGUGGUGCAGUGCUUCAUCAAGGCCAACCCACCCCUGCAGUACGUCACCUGGACCAAGGACAAGCGCCUGCUUGAGCCCUACCAGACCAAGGACAUUGUCAUCAUGAACAAUGGCUCUCUGCUCUUCACCAGGGUGAACGAGAACCACCAGGGCAAGUACACCUGCACGCCCUACAACGCGCAGGGCACGCAGGGCUCGUCGGGAGCCAUGGAGGUGUUGGUGCGCAAGCCGCCCGUGUUCACCAUCGAGCCCGAGAGCCUGUACCAGCGCAAGGUGGGCGAGAGCGUCGAGAUGCACUGCGACGCCCAGGAGGCAGAAGGCACCCAGAAGCCCAACAUACAGUGGCAGCGGAGGGAUGGCUCCCCUCUGCAGAGAAACCGUGUCCGUGUGAACGGCGGCAACAUCACGAUAGAAGGCCUGCGUCGUACGGACUUUGGUUUCUACCAGUGCGUCGCGUCCAACGAGGUGGCGACGAUUGUGACGGUGACGCAGCUGGUGGUGGAGGGGACCCAGCCCCACGCACCAUAUAAUGUGACGGGCAACGCCACAGAGUCAGCGGUGACGCUCAGCUGGUUGCCGGGCUACAGCGGUGGCCCCGACUACAAGCAGGACUACACAAUAUGGUACCGAGAGGCAGGCAUGUCCGAGUGGUCGACCAUCCCGGUGACUCCGUCGGGCUCGACCCAGGUCACCAUCAACAGUCUGUCGCCCAGCACCAUGUACGAGUUCCAGGUGGUGGGCAAGAACGCUCUGGGCGACGGCAUGCUCAGCAAGGUGAUCACUGUCCGCACCCUCGAUGCGGGGAUCACCCGAACACUCCCAGCUGUUCCCGUCUCCGAGAAAGACUUCCCUCGAUCCCCGGAUGAUGACAUUUAUGAUUAUAGUAUUGUUAUCUUUCCAACUGAUUCCACAGGCGCUACAUUGUACCCACCGGUGCUACGACCUAAAGGUCCGAAACCGGGACCCCCCCGAAACCUCACGGUCACCGAGAUAAGCAAUGGGUUCCUGAUCACGUGGCAGUCGCCCCUGGAGCGCUCGCAUCUCGUGCAGUACUACACCAUCAAGUUCCGCACCGAUGGGCCGUGGAAGACGCUCAACAAGGCCCAGAUCCGGCCGGAGGACACGUCCUUCCUCGUUAAGAAUCUGGUUGGAGGUCGUACCUACUACUUCCGGGUGCUAGCGAACUCAGCUCGCAACUACGAGUCCAGCGAGGAAAUCAAGUUUCCUGUGCCGGCGCGUGUCAAGCAUAAAGCAAUCACAGCCGGCGUUGUGGGCGGGAUACUAUUCUUCAUCGUUGCCAUUAUCUUGUCUGUGUGUGCAGUCAAGAUCUGCAACAAGAGGAAGCGUCGGAAACAAGAGAAGGCAUACAACAUGGUGGCAUGCCGAGUGACCGACGCCCGCAACGGGGGCCAACCGCCCGCAGCCAGCCAAGUGCCUUUGAAAAACAGAUCUAGACAGGGCAGAGUACCAGGUGUAAUGAGCGCACUAGGAGGACUCGUCAAGUGGCUACAGACCUGGCUCCUGCCCCCACGCGGCCUCGACCUAGUCGACCAGCGCCAUCUCGGUCGCAUACACCGUGCCCCCGACGGCCGCUUCGUGCUGGUCGACUCCUCGUCGAGCGCGGGCGGCAGCACCAGCAGCAGCGAUGACGGGGGGUUCCUGUCCCGGCGCCGGGCGUCUUGGCGGCGCCCGCUGGUCGCCUGCCCCAGCCAGCUGUCCUUGCGUUCCCAGGCAUCAGGGGAGAGCAUGCUGGCAGCCUUCCUGCCACCCCGUCUGCGUGCCAGCUCCCCCCUCGCCCCCGGCUGGUCUCCGGGUUACAACUUCUCCGACCUGAGCUCCGUGAGGCAGACGGGCUCCUCCGCGGACCGGUCGCGACCCACGCCGCCCGGCCACGUGCAGUUACGCUCCGUGCACCAGCGCUACUCCCAGGAGCUGCCAUCCCUGCGAGCCAUUCACGAGGAGGCGUGGCCGGGCCCUCCCCCACCGCUCUUCCUGCCUCCCGUGGCUCGUUCCCCUCCUCGAGUGAGGAUCCCUCGCCCCGUGCCGUGGGCAGCAGGGCCCAGGGUGGCUCGCCUCCUGCCGAGACACGCCAGGCACGCCAGGAGCGCGCCCGAGCUGUCCGACCUGCUCAUGGAGACCUCGCCCUCCAGCUCCUCAGGCUUCGGCAGCAAGAACACGUCCUCCCAGCAGAACCAGAGCUCGCAGUCGGGCAGCACCAGCGCCGAGUGGCGGCUGCCUCCUUACCGCCCGCCCCCGCCCCCGCCUCCGCCGCCACCACACCCCGCCACCAUCCACCAGCUGCUCCUCCGCCCGCCACCCCUGCUCGGCCCGUGGCUCGAGUUCGCGGCCGCCAACUUCCACCCCCCCUCCCCGCCGCACUCGGAGCCCAUCAAGUCGCUGGACAUCAGCGUCGAUGCCCACUACGAGUUCGACCCCGUCUUCCCUCCCACGCCUGUACGACGCCACGCUGACGACAGAGGGAUCAGCGACUCGGAAGUGUACUCCACAUCUCCGCUCCCUGCGAGGACCAAACACCUGUCCAAGUACGACAACAUUGAAGCUCGCGUGCAAGCGAUGAAGGAAGAGUUUCACGAGUUCCGCAAGAGGCAGGCGAAGAGACGACGCAGUGAAGAACUAGAGAGUGCUUGCUGAGUUCUCCUUAUCUGCCAUUUCACCUGGGGCUCAACUCUUAACUCAUUGUGUUCACGGUCCUACCCAGAUUGGAGAAAAACUGUUGUUAUGUUACAUAAUUAUUAAUUCACAAAUAAUAUUUAUUGUAGUUACUAAAUUUUACAAGUUCAUCAACAGCUGAUAACAUUAGUAUAUUCAUACAUUUGUAUUACUUUCUCUGAACCUUCGUUCCCUCACUUAAAGCCGCUCUCUCACCCGCCUGGAAGUCUGUGAGGGCGAAUUGACAUCGUGGCGUGCACUUACCGCAGGCUCGGCCAUGCCCAAUGGGCUCCUCUCUCCUGGAGCGUGCUAGGGUGAAGAGGGUGAAGUUGUGUCCGGGAUGCCGUGACCCUGUGUGGGGCUGAGCAGAGGCAGCAGCACUGACAGAGCUUCUCGUAGCUGUGUUUCUUAGAGACACGGGAUCUACGAACAGUCAGACGUGUUGCGGGAAGUCCUGGUAUCCCGGUUCGUUUGGGCAGUUGUAAUGCAGUGAAGGUUGAACUAGCAUUUGGGGUGCCUCGGUGGAUUCAGAUGCGGGGAGGCAUUAUCCUAACUGUCGAAUGGGCUUGUCAGGUCAGGAGCUGAGGCUUGCAAGGUUCACCACCGUCUAACAACGGAGCCGGGUGUGCGGCCCUGUUCCGCUUCCUCGUCUGCUUGCAGAGCAGAACUGCAGUUAAAGGGCAUGAUCGAGGUGGAAUUCCCUACAGCAAGAAAGCAUGAUGUUUUACUCGUGGUGCUAUCGUGCUGGUCUUGUAGUUCCAACUGGCUAGGUUAGGCUAGGCUGGAGAAGGUAGACGUCGGGGUGUGCGAGGGGACGGCGCUAGGACCAGCUCUGGGCUGAGUGAGCAUGGUAGAGCCAGGGCAUGCAGCAUGGUGCACGGGUGCAGAGUGUUGGCGCAAGCGACAGCUGUCCGUGACUGGGCGUGGCCUCCGACAAAUGUUUCAUAUUGCCCGGGGAAAAUGCUCAACAUUAACAAACAAUAGUUUUUGUUCCUAGCAUUCAUAUUUUAUAUUUUACUAACAAUCUGCCUUACAAAUAUGUGAAAACUUUGUGCUCAUUUUUUUUGUUGUAAAAUUUUCGAGUCUGAAUUAAUAUAAAAAAUAUUAUAUUGUUCAUCAUUAUUUUAUUUUUAAAUAUUUUACAUAUAGUAAACUGAUCAGUUAAUACCAGUUUUUCUCAAAGCUGAUCUCAUUGCCAGACCAAAACAGAUAAUGGUUGUCAGCUGUGUAUAGGCUCUACUAUGUGUUUGUAUUCUUUUGUUGUCAGACUGGUUUGAGUAUUGAUUUCAUAUUGAUUUCCAUAUUUAUUUCAUAUAUUCAGUACUUUACUGAUAUCUACAACAAAUACUAGGAAAACUUUUGAAUGUUGUUAGGAAUGUUUUUGUGUUUAUCCGCAGUAUAUAUAUACAUAUAUGCAUUUUCACUUUAGAGAGAAAAUAGUUUUGAUUAGAGAGUGUAGUUUGGUCAUUUGCCAACGUGAAAGGAUAUUCUAAAUAUGUGUUUUUGUAAAAAUUUAUCAUGUGGCAUUUGAGGGUUAUUGUGUAACUACAGAAUUAGAUCCCUUGUAAUGUUCAUAGAACUCUAUGUAUUAGUGAACUGGACAGUAUUAUCUUAACAGACAAGAACUAGGUAUGAUUAUUUAACACACCUAACACAGAUCAGUAAAAGUUGAAAGAAAUUAGACAGAAAUCUCUGUCACAAUAUGUCAAAGGUUUUAAGCAUAUUCUUGACCAAUUCAUGUCUUGUUAGCAUUGUUUGAUAAUAUAUUGUUGCACAACCUAUCUGGUGCUGUAAUUACUCUCAACCUUUGUUAUGAUUGGAACAAGUUUGCAAGCUUUGUAAAACUUUGGUUUAGGACUGCUUUAUUUUUUACAAACAAUGGGCAACUUUUAAAAAUUAUAAAAAAAAAUUUAAUUUAUAUAAAAACAAUUUUCUAAGAUGUAUCUGACAUACAAAAUGUUGUUUAUUACAUGAAAAUCAAUGUUGACAAAGUUAUUUAAAUCAUAAAUAUGUAUAUAUGCAUAGUUGUUAUUUGAGUGUGAAAGUGUCCUGAUCAGUUUGACAUCAUAACUCUGGUGUGUCACUUUAGUGCAUGGCAAACUGGAAGGCUGGAGUUGAGUUAUUAGAAAUUGCUGGAACGAAAAAUGAGAAUUUUGAAAAAAAAAUACACAUCCUACAUUAUACUAUGAGUAGAUAAAGAAAAAAAUUGUUUACAUUAUUUUACUUAUAGUCUCUUAGAGCUGAGAUUACAGGAAAAAAUUAUAAACAUGAUGUAAUGUUUCUAUUUCUCAUGAUGUUAAAAAACAUUGAUUCAUGAGAUACAAACGUAAAGGCUGCACUACCUUAAAAUACAUCUGGUGUUCAAUCCCAGGAAGGGCGGUGCCAGAAUGAACAGGCGUAGAGAAUCAACACCCACGGGUUGCAAUGUGGGUUCUCUGCUGCAACUGCAGUGUACGAGUCAGAUAACAGUUAGAGUUUAUUACUUUGUAUUCAGUGGUGCUUGCUAUGAUCAUGCAUAACAUGUUGAAUAAUUAUAACAUUACUGUCCAAGAUUCACAAUCCUUUCACAAAGCCCGAGACAAACGAAACAUGUGAAAUCUACUCUGAAACGUUCACCUCAUCAUAUAAAUGGCAAUUAUGUUACCUAUAUAUUAUGUUAGUUGAUUUUGCAAGAGUUUUUACGAAGGUAUUUUCUUGUCUCUGUGUUGACUAGGUAAUAAAUAUACGAGUGCAUAAUAAAAAAUAACUUAUAGAGUAAAAUCUUUGUAAAGUUUCUGUUGAAAUUCUUGUUGGGAUGUGGGAUGUAAAAUAUGAUUAGAUCAGUACCAAGCUUCAGUAUGUUCCUUAUAUCAAUCAUAGCAUAUAUUGCUUUAUCCGUUGUUAUUAGCAAGGUUAUUGUAACAGUUAUUUCAAUCGUAGCAUAGCCUUAGCCUUUUUUUUUUUCCAACAAUACAGUUCAAUUGUAUAAUCUGAGACUGGUUUUGACAGCUAAAUAAACUGCACACAUUAUGACUGGAGCCCACAAUAGUAUUGGUUUCCAGUGGUAACAUCUUGCAUUGACCGGCCACAGGUUAACUCAGAAUAAUGGCUGCCUUGGUGUUGUUUUCCCUAAAAAUUAAAUUUUUAGUACUUUAAAUUAACUGUGGUACAUCUAUAGAUUGGAAAAUUUUAUUUUAUAUUACAGAAGUAAAUUUUUUAAAACUUGUAUCAUCAUAAUUAUUUUAUGUUAUAUAAACAGCUUCCAACAAUUUUCAUUUUUCAAAGAGUACUUUUAUUGUACUUUGUAAAUGUUUUUUAUGUAUAAGACUUUCUUGAGGUUUACAGCACACUCAAUUUUGCUCUGUAAUUCAAACGUUAAACUCAUAUAUAAACAUUACAUUACUUAUCAAGAUAUAAAACAUAAAAGACAAAUUAUAAACAUUCCCUUUAGUAUGGUUUCAUGCAAAACCCUAUCACCAAGGAAAUUUGCACAUAAUUUUAUACCUCACCAAAUAUACUAUUUUUGGUAUUUAAAAACAAUUUUAGGACGGCUACCUACACCGGUGGUUAAAAAACAUACAUACGUAUUUGGUACUGUACUCCUUUUUUUUUAUGAGGAUUUAAAACAAAAGAAUAAAGCAAUGGUUUAGCAAAUAUCCACAAAAACACAUAGGGUAAAGUAGGGGAAUUCCGAACAUCGGGCUAAUUCUAACCACUAUUGAUCUCUGAAUUCUCAAUUCAGUUAAUUCGCCUGUAGGCUGCCAAGCUCUAGCGAAGGGUGAGUGAAGCACGUUCAGAAAGGUAACGCGACACUGGCUGCGUAGAGAUGGCAACUAGAAUGUUUUGUUUAUUUCGUCGAUAAUUCUUCUAAGAAAUUUGUAUCAUAUUAUGUAAGUAAGAUAAUAAAGUAUGUAUAAGUAAUAUCUACAAUAAUUUGUGCACAAGUAAACAGGACAUAUAAAAAUAAUAAUGAACUUGGAAAUUAUUUUAACUUUCUGUCAUCUGUAGAAGAUGCAAGUUUAUUUGCACAUUGUAGUUCGGGGUGAUUCCGAUCUAUGCUGAUAGGAAUUACCCUAAAAAGUAUUUUUAUCAAUAAAUAUUAAUUUUUAUUCCAAUUAUGCAGUACACUUCACAGAUGCCUCGACAUAGAACACGAACACAAAGCGCCAUGGAAUGCUGAAACACUGUAUGCAGCUGUCAAAGCAGUAGAAGAAAGAAGAAAUAAAUUCGGCAAGCAGCUAAAUAGUAUGCAAUUCCAUAUGUACACUCCAUGACAGACUGAAAUCAGCUAAUUUUUAAAAAUUUAAUUUUGGAAGACUACCAAUAUUUAACACUGCCCAGGAAAAUGAGAAUGCAGAUCAUGUAAUUCUUCCAUCAAAAUUGUUUUAUGGGAUUUCAAUGACAGACCUCAGAAAGCUAGUUUUUCCUGUGAAACUUUAGAUUCCACACAAUUUCUGCAUGGCAAGUAAUUUGGCUACAAGGGAUUGGCUGGAAGGUUUAAUGAGGCGACAUCCUAGUAUAUCACUCCGACAGCCACAGGCAACAAGUAUCAAUAGGAUUACAGCUUUUAAAAAAGUUGAAUUAACUUAUUGUAUGAUAAUUUGGAAGGCCAGAUGUUGAAGCACAAAUGUUCACAUGACAGGAUCUGCAACGUAGACGAGACUGGCUUAAAUACUGUCCUUAAUUCAGGAAUUCUCGUGAAGAAGGAGGGGAGAGUUGGAACAGCAGUCAGCUGGAAAGGGGACGUAAUGUGUCGGUUAUAUGUGCAAUGAGUGCCAGCAGUUCUUUCGCACCACCAAUGUUAUCUACUCACGUCAAAGGCUGAGCAAGAUUGUGAAUAGAGAUGGUUCCCAGGUUCUUUAUAUCAGUGCUCUAAGUCAGGUUGGAAGAAUGAAGACCUAAUUUUUAGCAUGGCAACAACAUUUCAGUGCCUUUUGCUAACCAGAUCCUAACAAUCCAGUUUUGCUUGUUCUGGAUAACCAUUCCACCCAUAUUUCUCUGAGUCAUGAAUUUUGUCAUCCCGAAGGAAUAAUCAUGCUGACUUUGUCUCCAAACACAUUGUUUCAAAUGCAGCCUUUGGAUGAUACUUUCUAUGCACCCCUAAUGAAGGCAUAUCACGAAGCAUGGAGAAGAUGGAUGGUAAAUCAUCCCUACGAAAAACUCAGUCGAGAUGAACUCUCAGAACUCUUUAACAUUGCAUUUAUGAAGGUAGCGACGUAUGAGAUGGCAGUCAAUGGUUUAUGAAAAACCGGAGUUUGCCCACUAGAUCCCGAUAUUUUUUCUGAAGAGGAAUUCCUUCCCAGUAGCUUACAAGAGGUGAAUAGGUCUACCACAGAAGGAGAAUUGAAAAUGUUACCAUUGUCACUUCUGCUGUUAUUUCAAGUUCAGCUACUGAAACAGAACUGUCUCACCUAAUAUGGUUUUCACACAUUCCAGUUGUGCUGGUCCUUCGUGUUCUUUGCAGGAUGUGGCUCCAGUGCCAAAACUAAUUUUUCGGGUAGCAAUAGAGUCAAAGACUAGGCCUAGACGUAAAAUGUAUUCUCAGGUUGUAACUUCAAUUCCACAAAAGAAAUUUCUUGAAGAAACUAGGUAAUAAAAGGCUGUUGCUAAAAAAUUGAAGAAGGUUGAAUAAGAAAGAAAGGAACUUUAUGGAAACUUAGGCCGAGAUUCUCGGCAGAAAAAGAAACAGUAUCUUGAGAUCCUUUCAGGAAGUUCCUCAGAAGAUGAUACAGUUGCUGAACCUUGUGAUAAUCGCUGUGACAACAUAGAACAAACAAUAAGCAAUACCAAACAAUUUUGCAUUCUUGGUAAAGAUGAAAACUAUGACAAUGAACAUUGAUAUAGGUGCACUUUGUGCUCAGAGUGCACUGCUUGUGAUACACCCAACCAUUAUGUUUGUAACUGUUGUCAGUGAUAAACACCACUCACUCAUAAACUAGUGGAUUUUAUCACCUAUAAUUCAGCUAUUGUUUAUAUUUUAUAAUUUUAAAUUUUUCUCAACAAUUGUUUUUUGUUGCACACAAAGUAAAUUGUUCCAUUUGCUUGUGCUAUGUGUGCUAUGCAUUUAUUUGUGCUAUUAGAAUUAGUAAAGCUAUAUCUAUGUGUCUGAAAUAUUUCAAAUUAUUUGGUAAAUAUAAAUGAUCGGAAUCAACUACAUGUCAGGGUAAUUUUGACCAAACCUAUGACUUAUGAAAACUGAUAAUUUUUUUUUUCAAACCAACCUAGUUUCUUUAUUGGUAAUACCCAGAAGCCAUGACAAAAUAGCACAGUGUAUAUUCUGUUAUGCACCUCCUUGCUGUAGCAAAUUUUCUUUUUAUGGGUAAUAUUAAAUGAUCGGAAUUCCCCCACUAUCCUACCUUCAGAAGAAUAUAUAACUUCUAAGCAUUUCUUCCGAACUUACACUGAACUAAAGCAAUGGCAUCAGUAUUAGUUUAGUUGAAACUUCCCAUUGUUUCAUGAAAUUAUUCUGAGAUAUUAAUGUAGUAACCUUCCUUCACUACAUAUAAUUUUUACCUUUGGAACAAAAUCAGCUUGGCAUUACAUAAUAAUCAUAUUUUUGUAAUAAUAAAUUUCUUAGCACUAUAAAUUGUGUGUGAUUUUAAGUGACUUUGAAAACACUUUGUUAGAGUUUUGUAAUAACAAGGUUUUUAUUAUUGAGGUUUCACUGCAUAUCAUGUUUUAGGAAAAGCUAUCAAAAUGCAUUGCACAUAUGAAUGUUUAAUGUGUAAUAUUCCUUGUAGUUAUUAUCACUACCAUUUUGUAUUAAACAGUCUUUUGCUAUAUGCAUGUAUGGGACUGCAAAACAUAUUUUGGAAUUCAUUAAUGUAUGCAUUUGUUACUUCAGCUUUUUUAACUUUGACAUCCCUUUUCGAAGCAAGCACACUUCAGAGCUACACAAACAAUUGGGACGGGUGAGUUCACAUCUGAGUUGUGACGUCAAAUGAAAGUCAGACACAAGACCUCCAUUUUGGCAUGCUGUGUACACAUGGUUUUAUUGUUCAUUUAUUCAUAACUUUUUACAAACAAAUUUUACAAUUCAAAAUUUUUUGGUGUUUUAUUGGUGUAAUAAUCAUGUGAAAACAUCCUUGAGGAGAAAAAUUUACAUGUUGUCCAUUAGUUUAGCUUAAAAUCAUUAUAGUAAAAGACAAACUAUACUGUGUUUUUAUGUGACACAGCAUUUAAUGUUGUUUUUCUCAGCACUAAAAUGAUUUCAUGUUAAGUUUGUGACAGUCAUCACCUGGUUCUGGUAGGUAGGAGGACCGUUUGAAGCACAAAGAGUUGAGUCAAAGCCAUCCCUCUGAGACAUGUUCACAAGAAAAGUAAUUACGUUGUGUAAAUAUCGACUUAAAAUCAUUUGCAUCAAGCACUAGAAGACAAUAUCAUUAGGCCUAUAUAGAGUUUUCACCCCUACAACAGUGAUUAUCACUAAUAUUCUUACACUGCAAAGUGAAAUGUACUCACAGAGUUUCGUGACAUUGGAGAGUCUUUUUUUUUUCAUGAAUUUAAAUUAAUUUUUAUUACAUGAGUAAUAAUAUAAUUAUUAAAUUUUCAUUGUGAAAUGACUAAUUAAUGGCACAAUUUUCAAUUCUGAGAAGAAAAUUGAAUGUUUAAAGUGUGUAAAAAGUUACAUUAUUCAUUAAAUUUGCAGUGUGAUGUAGUGAAUUUGCAAAAUUUAAGGUGCAACAACUGCAAGAAUGUGAUUUAGAAUGUUUUAUGACAUUUUAUGAUCUGAAGAACCUGCAUAUUAUUAUUUUUUUGUAUUUAUGGAGUGUGUGGGAAAUAGUGUAUGAGAAAGUGGAAAAUGUUUUCGAGGUUAUAAUUAUGUUCUAAAAAUAUUAGUAAUUACUGAAAACUCCAAAGAGGAAGCAAAUUACUAUACGGUCAUGUGAAAAAUAUUAAUAUAAGAACUGAUAUAUAUUAUCUUUAUUCGUAAAUAUCACAUAAUGUUAAAAUUGAAUUUCAAAACUUAUGUAUGAAAUUAAUUAAUAUAUGUAUAUAUAAAUACUAUAUUGUUCUGUUUAAAGUGUUAAAAAAUAUCUAAAAAAAUAUUCAAAGAUUGGACAAGACAUAUUAUUUGUUUAAAUGAUACAGAAAAUAAUUGUAUAUACAUUUUUCCAAAGUGUGACUUUUCACAUUGAACUAUCGAACAAGUAUACAAUGAAGAUUUUUUAAAAAUGCUCAGAACCAGUAAAUAAAUUUGUUGAGAUUGUAAGUAAGUGAGUUCAUCUUUCUCAUAAUAAUUAUGAUUCUAACACUGUUUAUUCUGUGUCACCUCCCACAGAAGUUUCCAAAGAAAUUCCCAUUUUUUGUUGCGAAUGUGUGUUUAGCAUGCUCAUGCCUCGGUGCACACAACCUAACAGAGUGGACAUUUCAGAUACCACGAGCAGAAUAGCAAUUCCUCAGACUUGUUGCUAUGUUAAUGAGUGAUUACAUAUCAUUAAAUGAAGCAUUUAAUGCAUCAUUAAAUGAAGAAAAGUUUUGUACCAUGACUUGAUUUUUAACCAGUUUUAGUAUCUUUUUUUUUUUAAAGUGUACAUUGAAUGUUUUUGUUUUCGUGCAGACUGACAGGCUCGUAGCAGCUAGCAAAACAUUUUUAGGAAGCAUACAAGUGUCAUUCAAUGAUGUUUUGUAGUUUCUCGUUUUUUAGAUGGUGAGAGAGGCUUUGGAUCUUCAAACACAUGUCAUCAAAAGUUGAAAUGUUUAAAUUACUGUAUUUUAUUGGUUGUUUCAUUACAAUGCUUUGAUGUGCACAGAAUAUAAAUCCAAAACAAGCAUACUAUUUGAAUUUAAGAAAAAUAAUUUUAGAAGAUGUUAACCUUUCAGGUGUUAUGGUGAAGGAUUUUAGUACAUAUGGCAUUAGAGUCCAGGACUCCAGGAUUACAGGAAUACAGGAUUACAGGUCAGAUUUGCUGGCCUCCCACAGCACCAAGGCAAGCCAUGCUUAAUUCAGAAAGUAACAGAGAUAGCAGUUAAUUAUGUCCACACAAAGUAGCUCUAGGAUAACGAUCAAUGACUGUGUUUAAGUUGUGGCUAUUCGAACAUACAUUGUACAGAUCUGGGUCUUGUAACUCACGCUUUUACUAACAGUCUUUUAGACAGAUUAACAUUGUGCUAUAAAGUUUUUAUUUUUGCCACCCUUAACAGGAACUGUGCAAAUUUCUGUCCUCCAAUUGUGCUAAGGAUGGAAUGGACCAAAAUUGUACCUGUAUAGAAGGUUACGAAGCAUCGUGCCUCAGUGUUAUGUAUAGUUCUUGUCAGGGGCCAGUUCCAGGCGUUCUCGAGUUACUCUCCACCUAUCAUUGGGAGGAUGUUUAAAUGUAGCAAAUAAGCUGCCAGAUGCUCCUAGUCAUCUGAACACUCAGUUUGUUUUUACUCAUGUAAGUGUGGCAGCUCUGUAAAAAAUUAAUUAUUUGUCAAGCAAUAACAAAACAGUGGUUAUACUAAUCAUAGAGCCUUUUAAAUGUUUACCUGCAUCUUAAAAAUCAGGAAUUCUUGAUUUUACACUGUUGAUGAAGAAUCAGUCUCUCCCCAAUUGCUGGCGUACAUUGCAGUAGUUGCUCGCGGUGGCAGCGAGGAUGUGAGCAUGCUAGCGCAUGACAACUGUGUCGUUUCGUUGUGUUUGUUAUCUAGUCAGGGGUGUAGCCGUAACCUCCGUGCCCUGAUGCUACGGUCCGCCCCGAGUUGGUGUGGUGAAGCGUGAUAGUUUCUCUGUCUGUCGUGCUCGCAGGAAAACUGUUACGUAAAUGUUAAUUAUUUAGGAUGAUUGAAAAACAGCAUGUUUUAGCAGUAGACAUUAAAGUUACUAUUAAUAUUUAAUUUGCUUGUUAUUGUGUGAAAGAAUAUUUUGUAUUUAAGGUAAUGUUUUGAAAGUUUUGUUUAUUGGAUUGUGCUUGUGAAAUUGUUUAUAAAAUUUAUGAGAAGUACAAAUAGGUUAAGUAAUGUAUAUUUUAUAAUGCUUCUGUUUGCCAUGGAGUGUAAUGAAGCAGUGAUGUCAUUGAAAAUAUUAUUGAAGACAACUCUUUUAAUCUUAUAAUAACAGGAAAAAAUAAUAUAACAAUAUUUGCAUUUGUAAAGCAUUAAAUUUUUUUUAAUGAAAAUUAGAUAUGAAAAUUAUAUUACCAUUGAAAACAUUUCUCAAUUGAAAGAAACCAUCACUGUCAUUCAUGUAGGUUUCAAUUUUAAGUACAAAACUUAAAACAAAGGCUUAUACGUACAAAUCUUUGCAAAGAUGCAGGGAUGUUUUAAUAUUUUAGAAAACAAAUUUUGAAUAUUGAUUUGCUGUUUACUUAUGCUAUACAUUAUGUUCAUGUGUAAAGAGAUGAAUUUAAAAAAAAAAAUAAGGGUUCAUUUCACCCAUGUAAAAUUCAUAAUUUUUUUUAUUGUGAUUUCAUGUAUUCUUGAUUUUAAUUACAUUAUUGAAAUACUUUUCAUUUAUAAUAUUAUAAAAAAUUUCUCCAAAAAUAUAUUUAUUCCUAUGCACUGUUAAUGAAAAGUGGAUCAUUAACAUUGAAAUGGUUGUUCAGUACAUAUCUAUUUUGACAUAAUCCGUAAUACAUUUGUGCUACAAAAUUAUUUUAAGUUGAAAUUCAGAAACAAAAAAGGUAUGCCAUACACAACAAUUAUUUAAACUUCAAUUUUAGUGAACCUGAUUCUCUAUACUAAAUUCAGAAUUUACCUCUGUUGCUCUGACUAUUUAAAAUUAAAAUUUUAUGCCGAAAGAACAGUUAUGUGCAGUAUACUGGAGACAAUGUCGCGAAAUUUACCUCCUGCAGAUUUUAAUCAUUAUGCAACGUAGAACUAGAAAGAAAGUCACUUGCACAAUACUGUGACCACUGCUUCAUGAUACUCCUUAAUGCUGUAUAUUUAUGUACAUAAGUUGGCUUUUGUUAAGGAAGUGAACAUAUUGUUCAAGCACAUGAAAAAAUGCUAAAAUUUUUACAAAAGAAAAGUUGUGUUUUACCUUCACACUUUAUUAUUGUUAACACUAAUGUGUGCAACUAUAAUUAAACCUUUGUUAUAGAAAGAUGGUUAUGGUGUGCACAUCUUUGAGUUAUUUUAUUCACUCAGCUCAGUAAAUCAAUGCGUACACAGUACGAGUGAUGUGAUUAAAAUAUUCUAGCAGAAAUGGCCUGACUUUGUUGAGAUUUUUUUAAAACUUCAUUGAACUGUAUUGUGAAUGAUUUCAGAAAUUUACAUAUAAUUUUUAUUAAUUUACUUUGUUUUAUAAAUUGUAGGUUUUAAAAAUGGGAUGGGAAAUAUGCAAAGAUGUGCAGCACCAAGCAAAGGAGAAAUAUUUUGUGUGUAUUUGGUAGACUCAAAUCUCAGCAGCCACACUGUGUAUUUUUAAUUUUUUCGGGUUGUAGAACAUUUCCCGUGUGAAGAUUCAAUGACAUUUACACUGCAUGGGUAUCAGUUUUAGUUUUCUUCCUCCACCAAAAUUUUGAGUGUACAGAACUACAGAUACAGCAUGCUGCAUUUGUAAAAAGAAAAAAAUUCAUGAAUUCUCAAAAUUGUGAGUUAAGAUCAAUGUGGUGAUUUCAAUACUUAAAAUAAAUUUAUUUAUAUACUGUAAAAUAUAAUUGUUAAGUAAUACAUAGUAGCUUAUUGAGCCAACACUUUUAAAAUCACAGGCAGUAUAUUUUUAAAACAAAUCCGUCCUCCCACAGUAGAGGGGAAAAAGUUACUGUACAAAAAUUAGGCUUACCAGUUACAACAAUAACAUUGUAUGUUACAGGUGGUUCUUGGCAAAAAUGGCUAUAAUAUCAGAUUUUACUCUAAUAACCCCAAACUACAGAAUGUUUUUUUUUUGCUACAUAAAUUGCUUUGUUUAUGUAAUUUUAUGUAGUUUUUGCAAGAAAGCAGUUUUAAUAGUUAUUUUCCCUGUAUACUCCAUUUAAACUAAACUGACAACUACGUGUGCAACUGCACUAGCUGGCUUUUACCAUGUUUUUGGUGUUUUGCUUAAAACAAAUUUAUAAGUUUUUCAGCUUUACUGCAAACCACAAGUCAGUUUUAGAGAUCCUUUCUAUGUACACCAGCAUUCAUGGCAGUUCUUGCUUUUGUUUCCUGCUCUGAACUUUAAAUAUACACCUUGCUAACAGAUUAUUUCCCCUUAAAUAUUUUUACUAAAUGUUUUGUAGUUUUAAAAUUAAAAAUAAAAAUAAAACAUUUUAAUGGGAAAUUGUCGGAUACAUUAUUUAAAUGUAUUUGUUAUACAGAAUAUUUUCUACAAAAAAAUUUAAUACAGUUGUCACUGAACUGAACAUAUUUUUUUAUAAGGUGUUUUGCUAUAAAGAGGUUUACUGUAUUGUUAAUUGUGUGUUACUGGCUUUAAAAAAAACCCAGCCUGGGUUGCACGCAUUCCAACCAACAGUAUGUUAGGGCGAGUAGUUUCAGCUUAACACCUUCACCAAAAAAAAAAUUGACAAGAAGUCAUAUUAGCUGGAACGUAUUGUACAAAGGGUUGCUCAUAACAUCAUGAGAGUAAAUUUUCUCUGUUUAAAACUGAAAUUACCUUGGGAAAUAAAAAAGCUGUACAGUCUGUUCCAGCUUAAUUGAAUAAUUUGGAAAACCUGGUUUUAGACCUACUUUCGGAAAUUUCUUCCGCCGUGUGUAAAUGUUAACAUUACAAAGUGUUUCUUUCGAAUGUAAACAUUAUAAUGUGAUUCAUGUAAAUUUAAUCAUUUCCAUGUGGAAAGUAAAACUGCAACGAGUGGUAAAGUCCUUAAAUUUCACAAUAAAAUUAUCUGUUCUUGAAAAUCUAAAUAUUUUAUUUUCAUCUUAAAUAUUGUGCCUUAAUUUUUAAAGAGUUUACAUUCAUUAAAAAAAAAAUUAUUUCAUAAUUAUUUGUGAAUGCAAUUAGGAACCAUCACAUAUCUCAGAAAUACCUUGUCGAAAAUCAUAAUAUCCGGUUAUGAAUAAAGCUCUUUAACUUGUUUAUUACACAUGUCAUUUAUUACUGUUUUCUCCCUUCCUGAGAUCACAAGCAUAUAUAAUUGUGUUUCAAUGAAACUGCCAAUAAAACUGUCACAAGGGUUUUUCAGGAUUGUAGCUGGUAGCUGCUAGAUAUAGUCAGUACACCCUGAUGAGGACACAAUCAAAACCAAACAUUAAAAAAAAGUCACCUGCCUGUGAUAACAAAACAUUUGUGCUCAGUUUGUUUGACUGGCUUCAAAUUAGGACUUAAAGCAGAAGAGAAUGUCAUAUCUUAGCAUCUUAUUGAACCGUAAUAAAUGCCCAUUUGAAGCUGUUUCUUUAUACUUUUCUGUACACAAAAUAAUAAAAAAAUAUAGCAAGCUCAUACCAUUUUUAGAAUUCUGAAAAUUUUAUUUAAAUGGUAGCCACAUUCUUCUUGUAAUCACACAGACCUUGUGAAACUAAAAUUGUUUGGUGGUUAAUCCAGUUUGAUAAAAGCUAAAUUACAAUUACAAUUACAUUGACAUUGGUGAACUUAGAAGAGACAUUUAUUAUUUUUUUAUUUCAUAAUGGUACAGUAAAUGUACAAAAACUUUUAACUACAACAAAAAAUCAAUAAUAGUCCUACAUGCAAAAUCUUAGGACACAAUUAUUAUUAAUAUAAAAGAACAUGCUGUAUUGUAGAAAUAAAUGCAUCAGUUUCAUCUAACACAUGUAAAAUUAAUUUAACAAAUAUGAAGUACAGUGAAGGUCAUUAAUCUGGAUCCAUGGGUCGCCACGUUCUGCCGACCUCGGCUGCCAGUUGCAGCAUUGCACUGCGCUGUGGUCAGUUUAUCCUUUCUGUCUGUUUUAAUUUCAGUACGGUGAGUCCUGUUUGCUGGUGGAUUACAUUUUGCAUUUCACAAGUACAUUGUAAUGAGUUUUUGAAGAAGACAAAUGCUUAUCUGUAUUUUUCUUUCUAUAGAACAACUUAUUAUGUAAUUUGUUUUAAAUACUACUGUACUGCAAAUUCCUUUCUCUUUGGUAUUCCUAUUAAAAUUAUAUUGACUGUCGAUAAUGUGGUAUGACCGUGGGCCUUAUGUGCUAGAUUAAAGACCUUAUACUGUACUUUGAGUUUUUAACUCAGAAGUUACAAUGAAAUUGUUGGUUUAACAUAACCCUUUUAAAACAAGUAUUGUCAUCAUAUAUUUAAUAAACAUUGCAGGUAAAAAAAUUUGGUUAUAAGACAAAAGACAGUACUGCAAAACAGUCAUUAGCUAAAUUAAUAUACGCAAUUUUCAAAACUGAAAAAAAAAAAAAAGUUGGCAAGUGUUGCUUUGACAUUUCUGCACUGGUACGUUUGAUUUUUUCAUGUAUAUGUUUCAAUUUUUCGCCCCCUUAUUGCAAUAAUUUACAUUCCCAUUUAUUUACAUAUUACAAAGAUAUAUAUUUUUAACAAUGGCAAUAAGGAAUCAAAGUUCAGCAUUUAUUGUGUAUUGUGUGAGUUGAGCCUCCAUUGAGAUGAUGAAGGUACAUGUGCCCUUUCUGCAGGCAGCAUGCACUACACAGUACUCAUUAGGUGUUCCUAGACAGUGUGGAGCUACGAGUGUUGAGUCCACCAUACAGCUAAUGGGUCUGUUGUUAAGGUGCCAAGUGUUGGCGUAUUUUAUGUGCUACGUGUUCAAAUGUAACAAAUUAUAUGAAGGGAAAAAAACAUUUUCCUCUUUGUGAAGAAGAUGAAGAGUAAAAGUGAUUUUUAGUACCAGUACAAUAUGUAUUUAGAGAUAAAAAAUAUUUCCAUCAAUGUAAGGCACUUAACUCAUUAAAAUCAUUACAAACACAUGUUUCCUAUUUUCUUUCCACUUUAUAAUGUUGCUAGGUAGUUACAAGCUAUCAGUAAUGGUAUUUUGAACACAAAUGUCUAACAGCUAAGAAGAUAAUGAUGCCACGUGCAGAUAUGCAUCAGGGAGUGUGCAGGUCACGAACAUCUCAAGAAGUACGCAUAGGCAUACUGGAGGACUGGGCAUGCAGUCGGCAGUGAUGGUGCUGGAAGUUGUGAAACACCAUUCCCAGCACCAUUUUGCUCAUUUACUCCUCACUUCAGUUUACAGUCACACAUUAAAUAUUAAUAAUAGAGAAGUGGCCACUUAAAUCAUGAGUAAAUUAUAUCUAAAAGGUGUAGAUCAUGUUAAAUUUUGUUUUAUAUAUAUAAGGGAUGGGCUGGUCGAAUUCUUGAUUCCCAAUGAAUCUAUAGUAUUUGAAAGAUUUGAGAUUUGGGGAAAAUGAUUUGAAGAAAAAUAUUGGAAUAAAUGAAGUAAAUUCAAAAAUUCACUGGCAACUCUCAAGUUUACUAGGCUUAUUUAUGUUAAUUAUAUGUCUAGUUGCGAUAUUUAGGGACCCCUUAAAUAUGGUGAAGUGUGAAAUUUGUAAAAAAGAAAUGAUGAAAUUCAGCUAUUUUUAAAGUUUUUCACAAACCAAGUUUGGUGCAAAAACAGCUGUUUCUGAGAGUUGAUCGACACAAUUUCUUAAAACGUUUCACAGGAGGUCAUAUAUCUCCAACAUAAUGUUUUUUUUUCUACUAAAGUGUCCAUUGAUUUUAUUUAGAACACUACAAAUGCUCUACUUGCUUUUUUUCUACAUCUUGUAGCUUCAUAUCUUUGGUUAUUUAGUGUAAAAUCAAGAUGGCUUUUUUUUUACAGAAGCUGCUACACAUUUUAUAUUUACACCUGGUUUUACGUAACUUUUUAUUACUUGACCUGAUAAUAAAAAAUUUAAUUUUUUAAGUGGAGAAAAACUUUUUUUCCCAGUAAACAUCCCAACAAAUGUGGAAAGUACUACAGCUUUAGGGGGUACGGAGCACCAAAAUUAUAAAAAAAAUUGAAAUUUUUUUUAUUUAGUCAUCCAAAGCUUUGAACAUUCCUUUUUCCAGUGGUGUAUCAAUUUUGAUUGUGCACCUACUAGAAAUAUCAAAAUUAUUUUAUUUUUUUUUGCAAAAUUGUGCAGGUCAAUUAUAUAUACUAAGUGUGUCUUACUAAUCCUUUGAUUUUUUUGUGGGGUCUUGGGAAGAUAAACUGGCAGGUAAAUGUAAAUAUAUUAUACUAUCAGUGUUAGGUAAAUUUGAAGGAAGUUGGGAAAAUGUUUUCAUAUAUUGGCAGCAGUGUACAGUGUAUUUAUUGGCCAUUGUGGUUCAGGAAUACUAUUCUGCAAGCAUGUUUUCUUGUGGUUUUAUAGUGUUCUGCUGAUCCAACAUGCCGAGGUUUUCUAAUAAAGUAUUCAAAAAACGUGCAAAUUGGAAAAAGAAAGUGAAUUGAGUGACUGACAAGUUUUGGGAUUGCUAUCAAAUUUUACUUCUAGUAUAGACCAAAAUAACCUAAAAGGAGACUGUUCCAGUUCUGUGCAUCAUGUUCUUGAAAACUCUUGUAGAAAAAAACUAGUUGAAGUGAAAGAAAAUUACCAUAACAUAAAUACAGGAAGUGAAAUGUUUGAGGUUAUUGAUAUUUCUAUACUGUCAAAGAUACUUCAGAAUAAUGUUUUAUGCAAGCAGUGUGCUAAAAAUGGCAUAUGUCUGAAUCUAAACAAACAUAUAAGCCUGGCUGCAGAGAUAGAAAUACUUUGUAAACAUUGUAAUUACAAGACAACAUUUUCCAGUUAUACUAGUAUAAAUGUAAAAAAUCCUGAUAAGCAGAAGAUUUCAAGUAAAUAUUAUAGUGUAAAUAUUAGGUUAGUUUAUGGACUUCGCGCAAUUGGCAAGGGAAGAGCCGCUUGUGCUAUGUUAUGUGGUGUAAUGAAUUUACCAAGUCCACCAUCAAAAUUUGAUUGAUAUGUAAAUGUGGUUGGUUCUGCUGUGGAGGAUGUUGCUAUGAAAAGUAUGGAGGCUGUUGAGGAAGCUGUUGAAGAAAAUAACAUGGAUUGUGACAUAACUGUGGCGUUUGAUGGCUCUUGGCAGAAACGGGGACAUACAUCACUAAAUGGCAGUUUCAGCCACACGUGUAGAUACAGGAAAGGUAAUUGACAUUGCAAUCAUGUCUUAACACUGUAAAUGCAAAGGAUUACCAGGAAAUCAUUAAGAGCGGUGUUCAUCUAACUACAGUGGAUCUAGUGGUGGUAUGGAGGUUUCUGAAGUGAGACUUUUGAGCGUUCAUUGUCACUGUAUAAUGCAAGAUAUGUGCGCUAUUUAGGGGAUGGUGACUCAAAAGCAUUCAAGGCAAUUGAAGAAAUGAAACCAUAUGGCGAGUGUGUACAGAUUACAAAACUGGAAUGUGUUGGACAUGUUCAUAAGCGAAUGGGUUCAAGACUGAGAUGACUGAAUACAAGCAUGAAUGGAAAAAAAGUUGAGUGAUUGAAGAACACUAGAUGGUAAAAACAGACUGACAGACUCCACCAUUGAUAUUAUCCAGAAUUAUUAUGGACUUGCAAUAAUACAGAAAAUGAGGACAGCUGUCUGGGCUCUGUUUUGUCACAUUUCAUCGACUGAUGAUAACCCACAACAUGCUGUGUGUCCUAAAGGAGAAGAAUCAUGGUGUAAAUAUAACAGAGGCAAAAUUACAGGAGAAUCUUAUAACCAUCCUCACAGUUUACCUUCGCCAUAAUGGAAGAGGUUAAACCAAUUUUUCGGUAUCUGUCAGAGAUCAAUCUCCUGAAAAAGUGUCUUCAUGGUCGUACUCAGAAUUCAAAUGAAAUUGUGUGACGCCACUCCCGCUGCCUGUCUUUAGCUUUUAAAUUUAUUAUUAAUAAUGUGAAAUAUCUCAGGGUUUUUAACGGGGGUUCGGCCUCGUGGCUGCAGGCAGGAGUGCGUCUCGGAGUUUGGAAAUUACGUUCAGAAAUUACCCGGGCUGUUUAGGCCACCCAGGACGCCUUGAAAAUAAUUAAUGAACAGAUUAUCAGAACACUGCACUUUAUUCAACGUCGAUACACUGGAUGGUCCUUUUACUGGCCGCGUCCGUUGUCGUACCGCUGUGACACACGUAAACGCCGGCGAAUAAUAUGCGCGACCAGGAUAGAUUGCAAAGUGGAUCGACGGGUUGAAGCUGUGGCUACGUGUCUCUGAGUAAGAUUUGACAUACAGUCACGGAGUUGCGGAUGCAACAAAUUAUACAGCAAAGUUAACGAAUAGCGGAGUCCCUGUGAUUAGGGUGGUUUGCAGUCUAGCCUGCGACAAAACUAAAGACUCGAAAAGUUAUGCAAUCACGUCAGUGAGCGACGUACGCGUAAAGUCUCAAUGCGUGGCAAGAUAGUCACUUAAAACACACGUUACCAAUUACACUAAAGCAUGAAGAAAGUUACAAUAUGAAAGUUAUUCAAUCUUUCACAAGAUUCUCGACGAUAACAAUUAAUUGGCUACUGGAGCCUAAAACUGCGUGCCAAUAUUACGCGGUCCUUAAACUGGACAUGGCCUUACGUAUUACGUUAAAACAAAAUCCCUAACGGGAAUUAAAUAUUAAGUUAAGUGUCGCACGAAGUAUCGUGCGACUUAAGUGGGGUCGGCGCCGAGCUAAAUGAAGGUUUGUAGAAACUUACACUAUUGCUGAAAUGUUGAAGAGAAAACUAGAAGUGCUGGCCCGACGUUCGCGGAGCGUCCGACCCCUGGGAGCCCGAGUUCAAGACUGAGCGCGAGACCGCCCGGCGGCCUCGCGCCUAAACGCGUGGAACGCGGGAAAACCGACCCGACCAGUUUUGGACUUAGAAACAAAUUACACAACAUAUGCUUAUAAGACAAUUAGACAUAAUUACCCUUACAUGAACCCUUCUUUUAAAUUGUUAUUAAUUUGGUUGUUUUAAUUACAAAAUAAUCAAGUGUUUAAUUAGGCGCAUUGCCACACCCGGCCGGGCGCUGUCGUCGUCGCGGCGUUCGUUGCGGUGCACUUUCUUACACUUUGUGAAGAUCGCGCUCGGGCGUGUUCGUCGCACUUCGGAGCCAGUGUUGCUGUGGCAUAACGACCUUUGCGGACCAGAGGGAGCACCGGCGGUUGGCGUCAUGUGAAUAGCGUCAUAUUGAGUAGGUUGCCCAAAACUGUGUUUGUGCAAAUAAAGACCCUUCAUUUUGGUGUUUAUGAUGCGGUAGCAUCAUUCAAUCAAGGAAAUAUUACAAAAUGUAAGGUAUUGGAAGAACUGGGGUUGAGUAUUGGCUCUCGCACUGCUGAUGCUAUGCUACAAAUUGACUUAGAAAGACUUAGGCAAGCUGAAAUGGGAGUCAGAAAUCUGUACAAAAAAUCUGAUUGGCUAGGAGGAAUGCCAAAAGGAAGCUUGAGAGUGAAAUGGAAGAGGACAUUGACAAUCCUAGUUAUGGAGAAGGCAUGCACUGAUUGCCAACUUUGAAGGCCAUUUUCUAAAAACAUCUUUUUUCAAACUUUAAGGUACAUUUUCUUGACUUUGGUUUAAUGCUGGGAGACGAAACUAACAGAAUGUCUUGAUAAUGUGGUUCUAUGCAUACUGAAAUAAUAUCUUUAAAAAAUAUUCACAAUAAUAAUAAAAAAAAAUUAUAUAACAUCAAAAUAUGUAAGAAAUUACAACAAAUAAUUUAAAAAAUUAUAAUUUACAUUGUUUUAUUAUAUUGUUAUUUCAGCAUCACUAUGAAAUAUAUACUUACUACCUGUAAAAAUCUGGAACAAAUAGCUUUUAUAGAUUUAUCUAAAAUGUUAACAUUGCAAGCAUAGGGUGCUCCUUACCCCCAUAUAUUUGGUUAUUUAGUGUAAAAUCAAGAUGGAUUUUUUAUAGGAGAAGCUGCUACGCAUUUUAUAUUUACACCUGGUUUUACGUAACUUUUUAUUACUUGACCUGAUACCAAAAUUUAAUUUUUUAAGUGGAGAAAAACGUUUUUUUCCCAGUAAACUUCCCAACAAAUGUGAAAAGUACUACAGCAUUAACCUAUCUCCUCGUUCGUUUACACUUAACAUUUAAAACAUUUUAUAGGUUAAGCCAAUAAAUAAUUGUUAAUGUUACUGUGAAAAAAUGUUUUAGUAUAUUUAAAGUAGGUGUAGCCUUGUUCCUAUGUUUAUGUUUUCUUUAGUUGUUAUUACAACAUAUAGAAAUUUACACAUUAUGUAGUGACGCCGUCCCCGCUGCCUGUUUUGAAAUUACGUUAAUUAAAAGGGUUUAAAGAAUUUUGAUCUCAAGGGCGGGGUUCCUGGCCUCGUGGCUGCAGGCAGGGACGCGUCGGCAAAGGGCCCCCCGGGCUGUUAUGGCCUCCCAGGACGCCGUAUUAGAGAAAACACACACGUACGUUUAACAGAUUUAUUACGUCGCACACGUUACACUUCUCUACGUCACAUAUGGCACUCACGCGACUGGCCGCAUCAUCGUCGACCUCCGCUCAGCCUACACCACCCUCAAUUGGCGGUACUCUUUACGGUCGCUCGGUAGCCCGGCGGCUAGUACUUUAAGAGGGGUAGGUUACCCGGCGAGUUACGGAGACGAAGGCUCGGGUGAGCGGCAAGCCCGUUUCUGCACACGUGGUUGUUUGCGCGCGACGUAACACGGGGUACACUAACGGCCGGGUAUACAAGUACACUUAAUAAAGCAAUAUUACACUUACGUAGCACUGGAAAGACUCGGUGGCGAGUCACACAUUUUAACGAAAGACCGCACGAGAUAUCGUACGGCCGGUUAGGGGCCGACCGGGGAGCUGUUGAUGAAGAUUUGAAGAUAGUUACCUAUUGAUGUUAACGUGGAGAUUGGCGCGAAAGAUGAAUGCUCCCUGUGCGCGGGGCUGCCGGCCCAGGUGAGAGCUAGAUCGCUACUGACUAUUCUCCCUGGCAACCGGGGCAGGGAGGGGGAAAAAUCCGCGGGAAACUGCGGAGCGCGGGAAGGUGAUUCCGGCCAGUUUUGUGAACUAUAUUGGUUUACAAAAUGAUUAGUUAAUUAACAAUAAUUAUUGGCUAUUUUAAAAGUUUUAGUUUUUGAUUGUUUUAUCAAAUGCAUGUACACAGACUACCUAGUUGCGCAAUGCCACACCCGGCCGGGCGCUUUGCACACAUAGGAGGCCGUGACUAAGGUUAAUUCUACUACAGGUUAGGAAGAAAACGGGUUUUCUUAUGGGCGAGUUUGGCACAGGGAAAAAUUCUGCCGCUAGGUGCGCUGGCGUAGCGAAAGGGUAACACUUUACACACUGCCAUUGAGGGUGAACGUGAGAAAACCGCAUUGAAGUAAAAUAAAAUAGUCGAUAUGGUAUUUAGUUAUGUGCUUUUUGUUUGCAAGAAUUAUAUUGAACAAGUCUUCCGUUAAGAACGUGUAAAUUUCACAACUUUGUGCCUUUUGGGCACGUAAAUAAAAGCUAUACUGCGUUUAUGUUUCGCCGCGAGCAAUCUGCAUAUGAAGGUAAGCAAAUAUUUGAGGUAAGUUAUGUCUGGAUGAAAAAAGAUGUGCUUGUUUGUUUUUAUCGGUUUGAUAUCACAGUAACUAUACUAUUUAGUUUGUGAAUGUUGUUGAUUCUCGGAUUAAUGGAAAUUAGGCGAAUAAUAACUAAAGUGAAGUUGAGGUCAUGACCUCACUUUACCUUACUUCACUUUACCUGCAGGUAAGCUUUGUACUUCAAUUACAGAUUUACUUGUUAAUAUAGCAAGCAUAACAUAAACAACCUUUCGCUUGGUUAUUAUUCGACUGAUUUCUCGGGAUAUGCGACAGUCUUUCCAAGCUUAACGUAAAUUUUAUUCAUGCCACUAAUACAAUUUACAUACCAUAUUCCAUUAUCAGUUACAGCAAGUCCGAAUUUAAAAUUUACGGACACAAAACAUUGGUGAUUUACUAAGAUAUUUAAGAGAAAAAUAAUUGUUUUUUCAACUUUUCAUCGCUUCACUGUGAAAUUUGGUUUUCAAAACUAUGAGUGUAGUGAGCUUGUAUGGUGCACCCAUCUACUUGCAGCAUUUGUGCUUGUUUAGAAAUUUGAAAUAGGGAUAAAAUGUGGUAGGUAAAUGGUUGUUCCUUUUGUGCUUAAUCUUCAAGCACUAUGUGAAGCAAAAAUUAAAUAAUUAGAUCAAUGCCAUUGGAUGUGUAGUUUAAAGGGGCGGUUCUUAACUAAACGAUUUUACUAUUUUUUUUUGUAGUUAGCCUAACUCAACUGACUAUUUUAAUAUCUCAAUCGUUGUAAUGUAACUAACCUAACCAACUGUCCACACCCACUAUUUAAGUAUUUUAAACGCAGCUUACUAAAUAUAACCUAACCAACCAUUUUCACAGUAUCAAAAUUCUUGACAUAUUUUUUAAAAAUUAUGUUAUUGUAGUAUACUGUUUUAACAUGUAGAAACGUUAGGUUAGCUACAUUAAAAUUACUGUGAAAUGGAGUGAAUGAUUGGUUAGGUUAGUUUUAUGUGUAUGUUGCAGAACUAUUAGUUAUUAAAAUGGAAACGGGACAAACAAAAUAAUUCAAAUUUUCAACCACAUGGUUGCCUUCAUAAGAGUGGAGAAUACACCAUGUAGAUAUGUGUAAAGGUUUUAAGUUGGAUUUUUUAUAUUUAAUUUACUUAUUUAUUAUGCUGUAAGUGAUGGCCUCAAUUUAAUUAUUUGUUUAUUAAAUUGAAAUCUCAUUGCAAAGUACCACACUUAAUUAAAACAUAUAUUCUAUAUCCAUGUAAUAUGUUUUAAAAUUGUGAACUUUUAUAAUGAAGUACCAAAGCUGUAUUUUUUAUGUUUCAAUGGAAUUUCACUGAAGUCAAAACAUAUGUUUUAGAGAAGUAAUAUAAGCAAUUGUAACUAUCACGUUUUAAAAUUACUAGCUGAUUGUUUUUAAAUAUAUCAAAUUGUGCUGGAAAAAUCAGUGAAAUAAUAUGUGUAUUUGUAUUACUAAGCCUGCACUAGAAUUAAUUUGUCCCUUGGCAUGUAGUGUCUCUUGCUCCUGCCCUCUCUGUCGUCGCCAGGUGCUCAGAGGCAGGGAAUGCUACAAUUGAUAUGUCCAUAAAUUUGUCCCUAUUUUUCAUUUUCAACACUGAUUACUUUCCUGCAUUUCAUAACAUUUUUUUCUGAGGUCUCAAAUAUAGUUAUUUUAAAUUUUAUAAGGCAAAAAAAUUAAAUUCCAAUUGCAAUAUUGAACUUUUCCUAUAGACAUCACAUAAGGAUUAGUUAAUUAGCUAUUAUUUGCUUUAAAAAAUCAGCAAUGAAUGUUUUUUUUUAAAUAAUACAUACCUCCAAUAUGUUUUGGUUGACCUUUGAUGUGAGAAGGUAACGAAAGCCAAUAGAAUUAAGUGUAUGUGACAACUCAAUGAUUGAUGUUAUCAUUACUCUUAUUCCACAGGCUGUUGAUGGUGAAAGAAACAAUUCUGGCUGAUAUUUGGUGGAUAAUUCCCAUGUGUCAAUAUACUCCAAGAAACCAAGAAAUGUCUACAUAAGAAAUGAUCAUUAAGUAUUUUUCAUGUUCCAAUACAGGAAAAUCUUUAUUGUUAAGUGCAGAUUAUGAAUAGAUGCAAAUAUUUCUUUUAAUGUUAAAUUAUUACUGUAUUGUUUUUAUAUCAGUUAUUAUAAAAAUUAACUAAACAAAUAAUUCUGAGUAGCCUAUUUGUUAUGUACAGACAUAAUAUUGAAAUAUUUCAAAAUUUAGAGUUUUACCUUUUCAUCAUCUGAUCCAACAGUCAGGCCUUUCCAUGGUUUGUUGUUGUCUAGUAUGGAAUAAACUUGUGCAACUUUUUCUAUGUAAUUUACGGUGCCAGAAAUAUUUUCUAUACCAGGCUUGUUACUGUAAAACUUCAAAGCUGCAGCUGUUUCCAUUGUGAAAAGCUACAAGCAUGAAAAUUUCAUUAUAAUUUUUACAGCAAUAAGAAAUUAUUUUUUUUUAAGGUGAGUUUCAUGUAAGUUUCUAACCAGUUUUAAUCAUGUAAUUACCCUCAAUGUAUUGUGUUUGUGUGAUAAGUAAAUUAAAUUAUUAAGCUAGGUUGUUUGUAUAAAAAAAUGUUAAAUAUAAAACUAUACUGGUGACAUACAAUUUAUUAAUUUUUUUAGUUCUUAAAUAUAAUGUUUUCAUCAGUGAUUAUUGGAUUAUUUCAGUUAAUGCAUAUGCCCAAUACAAAUAACUUAAUAAUUUAACGUCUGGUGUAGCCUAGUAAGUUGAAUUUUAAUUUGUAGUAGUAUCAAAAUAAUUAAGUAAAACUUUUGUUGUCUCCCCAUGUUACAAAUAUAAAUAAUUAAUGGUAAAAAAUAAACUGUCUAUAAAAUUA